GUACAAAUUUGGCGGCCUUAAAGAUAGUUCUGGGGCACCGACAGCCGCCUGUCGCGAGUACCCGUGGCAUGGAGCCGAACCUUCCCGGUACCGACGACGCAGCCGCGCUCAGCGGCCGCAGCAGCGAUGUCAGCGACGUCACGCCGCGACGUCACACCUUCACCGUCACCGUGUCCAAGGAGGUGGCCGCAGGCGUGGCGCCGCUCAGCCCCAUCGCCUCCAUCACCGCCCGCCCACGUCCCGCAGCUGUACCCUGCCCGAGCGGCAGCCUGAAGCGCCAGCUCGGGCUGGGCGACUGCAUCGCGCCCCACAGCAUUGACCCGUCCUGGCGCCGUUGCUGGAUCCCACACUCACCCCCGCUGCCGUCAUCAGAUGGAGCAGCGCCGAGGCACGGACAUUACCUCAUGUUGAAGGAGGGGAGCAUGUAAGGCGGUACUAUAUUGUAUGGUGAGAGGCUUUGAUGCAAGCACGGUGGUCACAGGGGGCAGCGUUGUACGCAGGCUCUAGCGGGCGCUGGUGUGGCCCUCAAGUGCACGGCGAUUCUGUAGGGGCACCGGUGGGCGAACACAAAAUGAACUGAACGCGCGUGCCAGUUUGAAUAGACAGGCUACGAACAUGUACCACCCUUUUUGCCAUGUGUGGCAUCGGGCCGUCAGUGCUCGCGCAUGGCCAACACGCCCACAUGCCCGCACAUGACUGAAAACAGGAGUCUAGUGAGAUUCACAACUUCAAACGGGAGCAUAGGAGUAGGAACGUGCCCCUUAAGACUUACGAGGGGAGAAGUGGAGAACAAUAAGUAGGGCGUUAUCAUUUGUUGGCGUCAUAGGGGUCAGCACGGCCCGGGCCUCCGGUUUGCGCGAGGCAGGAAGGCACGCUAAGAUCGUGCGUACCACCUUGUGACCUUGUAACUACACAUAGAA